AUGUCUAAUCAGAAUCCAGAAUCUGGUGCUUCGGAUGUUCAUCACAUUGAGAGUUCCGAUUCCGAACAUUCAUAUAGCGACUCUGAUGAUGAAAGUGCUGAGAUUGAUGAGGACAAACUAGAUGAGAUUGAUACUGCAGAGGAAUGUCUAUACCCCAAAGUUCCCGCCCCUAGAGUAGUUGUCACUCCUACUGGUGAUAAAGUCUGGAUUCCAUCUUGUGACGAUGUAUACAAACCACGAACAAACCAGCACUUUCAAACACUAGAAGAUGCCUUUAAAUUUUAUCGGGAAUAUGGGCGGCAAGGUGGAUUUGAUGUUCGUAAGUACGGACAAAAAUCCAACAGAAGUGGUAAUGUGGUGUCCAAGAAAAUUAUGUGUAACUGUGGUGGUAAUCCUACUCCUGGAAAAUCAAAUCCUAAAGAUGACAUGGUUGCAGAAAGUUCGCAAGUUAGAAGAACCACGUCCCGUAGAUGUGAUUGUGAAGCUCACAUCGUUUUGAAAGCCGCAGGACUAAGGGGUUUUGUUAUUAUGAGUUUUGUGGAAGAUCACAAUCAUCCUUUAGCAGUUGGUGCUGAAAAUAUGUUUUUGAGAUGUAAUCGGAAAGUAUCUAAAAGUCAGCAAAAUUUUAUUAUGGAUUGUUCUCGAGCGAAGAUUGGUGCAACACGAGCUUAUAAUUUAGCCAAGGAGAUGGUUGGAUCAUACGAGAAUGUUGGUGCUACAAUUUCGGACUUCAAGAAUUUUGCACGAGAUGUUAAACUUGGAAUUGGAGAAAAUGAUGCGAGUUUGAUUAUUGACAAAUUUAAACUGAGAAUGAAGUCAUCCAAAGAUAAAUUUUAUUACGACUACAAGACGGAUCGAGAAGGUCAUUUGACAGGAUUGUUUUGGACGGAUGCAAUAGGCCAAGCCAACUAUGAGAUUUUCGGCGACAUUUUUUCAUUUGAUCCUACUUUCCGCACUAACAAAUAUAAUAUGGUAUUCGUGCCAUUCACCGGGGUCGACAAUCACUGGAAAAAUGUAACAUUUGGUGCUUCUCUAAUUGCAAAGGAGGAUUACAAGAACUUCAAAUGGUUGAUUAAUACCUUUAAAGGUGCCAUGGGUCACGCGCCUACAUGUGUUAUUACAGACCAAUGUCCUGCGAUUAAGAAGGCUCUUCACCUAAACUGGCCUCAUACGAAGCACAGAUUAUGUAUGUGGCAUAUAAUGAACAAACUACCUUCCAAGACUGGUCCUAUACGUGCUACGGAUAAAGUAUUUAUGUCCAAAUUGAAGUCUGUAAUUUAUUCAGAACACUCUUCACCUCUAGAAUUUGAAGAAGGAUGGAGCUCAGUUAUAUCAGAGUAUAAAUUACAGGAUAACCAAUGGAUGUCCGCUAUGUUUAGGCAGCGUAGAAGUUGGAUUCCCGCAUACUUUUUAGAAAUUGAUAUGGCAGGCUUGCUGCGCACCACGUCGAGGUCUGAAAGCUCUAAUUCCUUUUUCCAGCACUUUCAUGAGCGUGGAGACACACUGGUUCAGUUUUAUUCAAGCUUUGAAAGUGCUAUGGAUAAACAAAGAAUCCGUACAGUCGAAGAUGACAAGAAUUCACGCAAGACACCAAGGGAAGAAAUUAAAAAUGCUUGUUUUCAUACAAGCAUGCCUGAGAUGACACAAACCGAUGAGACCCGGGUUUUUAUGUGCAAAGAUGAUUUACUCAAGGGCAAAAUAUUCAAGGUAUCUGUCACCCGUAGUAAUAAUGACGUCGAGUGUAGUUGUAAGUUUUAUAACCGCUAUGGAUACUUAUGUUGUCAUGCAUUUGCGGCAUUGCAGCAAUGUGGCAUUCAAAAAAUACCACGUCAAUUUAUAAAAGCCAGGUGGACAAAAGAUGCCUUGAAAAAUCAUUCCUCCAUAGGCUCCCUUGAAACUCCAUCGAACUGUGACAAGACUGAGCGGACCAAACUCAAACGUACCCGAGUAUGGUUUCAAUUUGAGAGCUGUUUGGACUUGGUUGGGGACGAUGAGGACAAGUUGGAUAUGGUGGGGUUACUUGUGCGAGAUAUGGAAUCAAAGUUGCAGGAGGAUUGUGAAAAUGAUGAAGGACAAAGUCGAGCACGCCGAGUUGAUUCAUUUAUCGGCCCUGUACCACCUAAUGAGGAUUGCGUUCAGAAUCCAAAUAUCAGCAAGAACAAAGGUAGUGGCUCGCGCAUUAAAAGCACUCGAGAGAUUUCUAUUCAUUCCAAGGGACAACGUACAUGCAGCAUUUGUAAUAAAACUAAAGGACACAAUGCGCGCACGUGCCCAACUUUGAAGAAAUAG